AUGAACGGCUCUUGCUUCUGCGGCGCGGUCUCGUACUCUGUCGCUGGUAGCCCGGUCCUAAGUGCCUUCUGUCACUGCACAAACUGCCAACGCCUCUCCGGCUGUCCCCUUGUUCACACCAUCCACUUCCCUGCGGCGGAGUUCGCUUGGACGCACCCAGCGCCGCACGAAGAUUGUUUGGACAGCUAUGUGAUCCCGAGCAAGCCGUGGAAGACGCGUUUUCGCUGCAAGCGCUGCGGCGCGUGCGUGAUGUCUGCGAACGUGAAGGCGGGCAAGUGCAGUGUCUGGGGCGCGCAUCUCGCCAGGGACGACGCGGGGAAAAUCCUGCACUGGGAGAAGGUCAGGCCGACCGCGCAUAUCUUCUACGGCACACGGAUGCUCGACGUCGACGACGGGCUUGGUAAGUGGGAGGGCUAUGAGGGCGGCUCGGCGCGUCUGGGAUAG